UGGAGUUUUAGCGGUUACAUGGUUAAAUUUUUAAACACAUUUUUACCUCCUUAAUUGGCACUAGACUUGUGCUUGAUGUUAACUUGGAAGAUACAAAGAUGUGUGCUAAUGUUCUGUAUUUAAUUACAGAUUUACAAUGUUCAUUAUACUAUGAGUAUUAAUGGAAAAGUACAAGAGGGAUCAAUGGAAAUAGAUUCUGGGAACAACCUAGAGACCUUUAAAACUGGAAGCGGAGACGAAGAAGCUAUAGAAGUUCACGAUUUCCAGAUAGGCAUCACUGGAAUUCGUUUUGCUGGAGGAGAGAAAUGCUACAUUAAAGCACAAGCUAAAGCUCACAUCCCUGAUGUCAGUACCAUGACUAAAGAAAGCCUCUCAUUUGAUCUGGAAGAUGAAAUUAUGCCAGUUAAAUUUGAUGAAAAUUCCCUUAUCUGGGUGGCUGCCGACCAGCCUGUAAAAGAUAACAGCUUUCUAAGUGCCAAAAUUUUAGAGCUUUGUGGAGAUCUUCCUAUUUUCUGGCUUCGACCAACAUACCCAAAAGAUAACCAAAGAAGGAAGCGAGAAAUCAAAAGAAAAAUACGUCAGGCUCAAUCAAACUUUGAUCUGGACCAAAAUGAAGCCACUACUCAAGUAGUAAAUACCAGGUCACCUACUACCCAGCGUGUUCAGAGACCUGAACACCAGCCUAACACCACUGGUCUCAACGAGCAAGAUUCUAGGUCAAACUUUAAUCCAGAAAAUCCGUAUCAUCAACUUGAAGGCGAAGGGAUGACGUUUGACCCAAUGCUGGACCAUGAAGGCGUGUGCUGUAUUGAAUGUAGACGGAGCUACACCCAGUGCCAGAGAAUUUGUGAACCUCUCAUGGGCUAUUACCCUUGGCCCUAUAACUACCAGGGGUGUCGUUCUGCCUGCAGAAUUAUUAUGCCCUGCAGCUGGUGGGUUGCCCGCAUUUUGGGUGUCGUGUGAGAUGGAGUCUUCAGAUCCUUGAGGAAAUAAGCAGGAGCCAGAAAAACUGAUAAAAGACUACCGCGAAAGCCCCAUUACCGAUCUCAGCUUUUAAAAAACUAAGUGUAUGUCAAUGUAUCAAAAUGAGGUCAGUCCUUCUAGAUGUAAAUAAAUAAAACCUUUAAUUAAUAUUUCAUUAGUUUUACAAAUGCAGAGCAUAACUUGUAUUCUUCUAGCAAACUGUACACUAAAACCUAUUGAAUGUGGAAUUUAAGACUCCCUAAAACAGAUUAUUAACUGUGCUUAUGAUUUAGCUGAAGAGUAUACACACUUGCUUAUAAAUUCAAAUUCAUGACAGAACCCUCUCUGUUCUGAAAUAAAUGUGAAAAUUUACAUCCAAUUAGGUGACUAGCUACACUUGCGCUCUUGAGAGUACCUUUCAACCAUGUCACUCUCUUAAAUAAAUCACAAGUUAAGUUGC